AUGACUCCCCUUCACACAACCGAGCAGAUGACGUGGUUCCCCUCCAAGUUCCAACAGGCUGCUGGGAUGGAAAUGAAUAGCAGGAAAGCCCUGGUGUUGGUCUUCCUGCUGCUGCUAUCUCAGCUGGCCUGUGAUGCUCACAGUGUGUCCGAGUGCUGCAGAGAACCAUCCCGUCCCUGCCGCCUCCAUGUGUUGCUGUGUCGCACAGGCAGCAAGGGAUUGGGUGGGGCCCUCACAGGAGAUGCGGCCGCUGGGAUCCUCACUCUGGGCAAACGAAAAGAGGACGAGCAUCGCUUGCAGAGUCGACUCCACCAACUCCUCCAUGGCUCCAAGAACCAAGCAGCAGGAAUUCUGACUAUGGGGAAGAGAACCAGAGAGAGAGCCGGGGAGCAGUACUUGGACUGGAUGGCUCAAUCUGGAACGACCAUUAUGACCCCCCUGCCUGUUUGA